AUGAUGAGCAGUAAAACAAGCCAUAAUAAUUCUCCAUAUCCAGUAAUUGGAAUCAGAUUUCGACCCACUGAUGAAGAGCUUAUACUCUUUCUACUUAAAUUCGUAUCGUGCAAGAAUUUCUCGUGUGAUCAUAUUCGAGUUGAGGAUCUUUACGGGAAUAAGAAGCCAUGGGAUAUAUUCGAAAACAAUUUUCUGGGAGAGGAUACAAAGGUAAACUAUUUCUUUACUAAGUUGAAGAGAACAAAAGCGGGUGGUUUAAGGUUCAGUCGAGGGCUGAUCGGAGGAGGCAGUUGGAAAGGGCUUGACAAACGCAAACCAGUUUUUAAAGGGUCAAAGUUGGUUGGGUUCAAGAAAAGUUUUCGAUAUCAAGAAGAAGAUAGCUGCACGGAGGAAUUAGGUGGCGAUCGAGGAAUUAAAAAUAUUGUUUGGAAUAUGAAAGAGUAUAGUCUUAAUGUCGACAUCCUAAAGGUAUUAAGACAACGAAAUUCAAUUCAAUAUGAGGACUUUGUUUUGUGUUGCAUUAAGCGUAAAUCUGUACAUGGUAAUGACCAUAAGGAAUUAGGAAAUAUGAUGCCUAUGGAAAUAGCGGCCAGUGGAAACAACGUUGUUGAUGUUAUGAAUGACAUGCUUUCGACAGCUCCAGAACAUGAUCUUGAUUAUGUUACAAGUUCUUCAGAGGAUCAAGGGACAUAUUUUCAUGAUUUUUGUCCUUCCAAUCAAUUCUCAUCAUCUGAACAUAAUAAUGUGUUUGAUCAGUUGCAACAAGACCAAAACAUUGAACAAUUGGUGAAUGUACAAGCGCAGAAUAUUGAAGAGAUGGCACCUUCAGCUCAAAGUCAUGUUGACUAUGUUGGAAGUUCUUCAGAGGAAGGAACAGUUGCUUCAAAUAAAUUCACAUACUCACCUGAUAAUAAUGACUUUGAGUUGCAACAAGAUCAUAAUAUUGAAUGUGAUGAUAGGGCUACUGUUCCAUCAACAUUGGCUGAGAUAAUGAAAAAUAUUGAUCAUGUGGAUAGGAAAGUGUACGAGUACAUCGGUAGUUUACUAGCAGAAAAAUCAAAUACUGCAGAACCCCAGUUGCCUGAUGAAUCAAUGGCUCAAGGAAGUAGUACUGCUAUGGUUAAUGAAGAAAACAUUAAUGCUGGAUUUGUGUCUGAUCAGUGGUCAAUAGAGCAAGUGCACAACAUUGAAGAUAGGGCACCUAUUACUUUUACUGGUAUGUUAUCAUCCUCAGAUUAUUAUGCUAAGACAUCAACAACAGCCUUAGUAAUAAACAGCGAUGAGUGCUUCACAAUGGAGGAAUUAUUGGCUUCUGACGAUGAUGUUAUUGCAGCAGACUUAGCUUGGAUGCCCACUCAGUGGGCAGGCUCCUUGAAUCAAGUCAUUAAUUAA